UUUUGUUUGCUCGCUGAUAUUGUGUGAGCAGUAUUCUUGUUUUUUUUUUUUUUCAAUUUGAAGUCAGACACAAAGUUUCUGAUUGCAGCCCAUGUAUAUAGGACCGCCCAUUCUAUAAACCUACCCCCUUCCCCAAACCAUAAUCCCAUUUCAGGAUCAUUGUGCUCAAAAACAAAAAACGAACCCCUUCCCUUUCUAAUUUGACAGAAAAAGAAAAAUGUCUAUCUUCGUUUCAUUCUUCACCUUUGCUCUCCGUGCCUUGCUCGCCCAGCCAAACAGCUGCCCCAAAAAGGGGACCAAAAGGUCAGCCGCAAGUCCUAUAGCAUCGUUUUUUCUCGCAGGUCGAGAGAUCCUCCUCCACUCUUCUUCAUCGCCGGCCCUGCUCCACUUUGUAUAUAAGAAGUGACACGGGGCGCCGCAAAGAGAGCAAUAUGCAACAGCUAAAUGGACAACAUAGUAUGGCAGUGUGAAUUGCCUUGACUUUGCCCACGCUGUAUAGUGUGACAUUGGAACAAAAGAACCGCCGACAAAAGAAACUAAUGCAACAAAAAGAAUUGGUAACGAGCAGAGAAUGCCUACCUCCUUUCCUUAUCCGGUGUCCAAACGCCGUGAAAAGACUCAAAGGUGAUGUAUUUUAAACAAGUAAAAAGAAAC